AUGGACGCCGCAGCGGGCCAGGUCCGGGACUUUGCCAAGAACAGCAUCAGGCUAGUAAAGAGGUGCCAGAAGCCCGAUCGCUCCGAGUUCGCCAAGGUGGCCCGGCUGACAGCCAUGGGUUUCCUGGCCACGGGCCUGAUAGGCUUCUUCGUCAAGCUGGUGUUCAUCCCCAUCAACCAGAUCAUCAUCGGCAGCACUGCCUCUGCUUGA